AUGGCCAUGCAGGGAAGUCAGGAGUCAACUUCCGGUCCCCAGCCAAAAGCUGAGGACGAAAGGCUCGACUCCGCAAACAGCUCCCGCAGUUGUCGGAACACGAACACAGUGUCCCCGCGCUUUAUGCGCGGCCUUCGCUUGCCGCCUCUGGCCCAAACGCAGGGGGAGGACCAAGGCUUGAAACAUCUACUCGAGGAGAUCCCCAGCAAAUGGUUUCUGGAUGAUGAGAAGUUUUGCCGGCGUGAAGUCCUCGAAGAGAAUGUCAUUGACGCAGAGAUGUUGAAGAGAAUCGACUUCUUCCGUAAUUUCGGGCCGGCAUUCUUGGAUGAGCUGCUGAGCAGUCCGGAAAGCAUUCGAAAGGUGUUGGUUAUGCCCGGCACGGUCCUGCUGCGUGAGGGGGCUCCUGGUGACAGCAUGAUGGUGGUCUCCAAGGGCCGUGUUGCUGCCUCGGUGAAUGGUCGGGUGGUCAAGCACCUGGGAGAAGGCUCUUAUUUUGGAGAACUCGUGUUCUUGGGUGCCUCUCUCAUGCGAACAGCGACAGUGACCGCCACGACCUUCUGCGAUGUGCGGAUCAUCUACAAUCGAAGUUUCAAGAGGAUCGCGGACAAGUAUCCAGAGGUGCAAGCUGCGCUCAACAAGUUUGAUCUCGCGAACAGCGACCCGAGAUUAAAUGCUAAG